GCUCAGUCUGAUUCGUCGCACAGCAGAACGUGGCGUUUGGGCAGACUCCAAGAUAUAUUAUUUUACGAUUACAUAUCUUGUACACGUUGUAUACACACAGCAACCGGGCUCAAACGGUCUCAUUUCCUCGCUUCUAACCAUUGUAGUAGUUAUCACCUUAUCAUAACAGGAGACACCUGUGAAAAGAACCUUUUUGAAGUUGUCAGUAAAAGACUCGAGAUCAACUGCCCAGUUACCAAAAAUUAAAAAGACAAAGAAAGAAGAAAUAUGAAAAUAUACAAGUGAUAUAAUAAAAAUAAUAAGAGACUCCUUAUCAGCAGCGUGUAAUUGAAAGUCUACCCGGCAAAGUCAUAAAAAAGGAAGAAGGGAAACAUUUUUUUAAUCAAAGCAUAGAAGACUAUUUUCCUUCAAGAUGCGAAACGUAUUAAGUCCGAUUUUCGCAAUUCUAGUGGUUGUUGGUUUCCAAUUUGCAGUUGCUGAGGAUUGCAAAGGAUGUGUUCCUUUAGAUUCAUAUUCGUUUGAUAAGGUGAUUGGAAAGUUCAAAGUAGCCGCAGUUAAAUUUGAUGUCGCUUUUCCAUAUGGAGAAAAGCACGAAGAAUUCGGAAAAGUUGCAGCUGCGACAAAGGAUUCUCCAGACAUUUUGUUGGCUGAAAUCGGUGUGAAAGAUUUUGGCAACAAAGACAACGCGGACCUUGCGGAGCGUUAUAACAUUAAAAAAGAAGACUAUCCUGCCGUGUUGCUUUUCCUUCACGGAAAAAAAGAGCCCUUGAAAUUCUUAGCCGAGAAGGACGCAGAUUUUAAUGCUGACAAUAUCAAAAGGUUCAUUAAGUCAAAGUCAGGAGUGUAUCUCGGUUUGCCUGGAUGCGUCGAAAAAUUGGACAGACUUGCAGAAGAAUUUAAAUCGGCUAGUAGUGAAAAAGAGAGACAGGAAAUUCUAAGCAAAGCGAAGAUAUUCGAGGACUCUUUGCCAGAGGAGCAGAGAGCAGCUGCAAAAGUUUACAUAAAAACAAUGGAAAGAAUUUUGGAUCGAGGCGACGUAUUCGUACAAAGUGAACAGACAAGAAUCGAAGGUCUGCUCAAAGGAAAACUAUCCAAUGACAAGAAGCGCUCAAUGGAGGAAAGAAGGAAUAUUUUGCAAUCGUUCUCGCACAAGGAUGAACUUUAAGUCAUUUAAAUAUAAAUGAUAGACAUCAUAUUCAAACUUCACGGGCAGUCAGAAUAUAAAAAUUGUAAGGUUUUGAACCGACAAAACGAACGGGUCCCCAGGUGUCUUCAAUUAAUUUUUUUUCCUUGAGACGGCAGUGAUAAAAAGAAAAAGUUGCACAAAAUAGGAACUCUUGUAUAAAAGAAUUUCUUGAUUAUUUCUCAUGCAAUAAUUAGUGGGUACAAUUUUUAUUUGUUAGUUUGCCAAAGGCUGAAGCAUCUAUGUGAUAAAUAAUCUACAAACAUUCCUACAACUGGGAACUAACUACUGGAAUACAAGUGGAAUCAAUCAUGUUUGCAAAAAAAAAAAGAAACCCCAGAAACUACUUAAGAAUCUAUUUAUUACCUUUGUAUGACAGAUCUCACUAUUAUAUGUGGCUAAAUUGUUCUAGUAUAAAUUCUGUCGCUUCGGUUCGUUAAAAAAAUCACAGAUUCCAUGUACAACAUCAGUAUAAAUAUCAUCUUAUCAAUAAAAAUUGAAGUCAUUCAA